GGCCGCACAACUGCAGACAUCUACGGGGGAUUGAAUAAAGUACCUGGACAACGAGUGCAGCCGCACUUCGGCAUUCAAGCUGAGAGAAAUUUCGGCAAAAAUGGUUUCAUCAGAGGUCAGACUCAGUUUCAACAAGGCCCGCGAGGUCACGGACUCUCUCCCUCAGUUGGUAUAACUGGCGGCUUUCGAUUCAAGAGAGAGGCUGAACCUCAAGGAACUUCACUAAGCUUCCAAGGAUCGCAACCUCUGAGCGGUCCAAUGCGCCAACCUACCUGGGACCUCAACGUUAAUCGUAACAUCUUGAACAAUGGCCACACAACCGCGGACGUCUAUGGAGGAUUGAGUAAAGUACCUGGACAACGAGUACAGCCGCACUUCGGCAUCCAAGCUGAGAGAAACUUUGGCAAUAACGGUUUCAUCAGAGGUCAGACUCAGUUCCAACAAGGCCCGCGAGGUCACGGACUCUCUCCCUCAGUUGGUAUAACUGGUGGCUUCCGAUUCAAAAGAGAGGCUGAACCUCAAGGAACUUCGCUAAACUUCCAAGGAUCGCAACCUCUGAGUGGUCCAAUGCGCCAACCUACCUGGGACCUCAACGUUAAUCGUAAUAUCUUGAACAAUGGUCACACAACCGCGGAUGUCUAUGGAGGAUUGAGUAAAGUACCUGGACAACGAGUACAGCCGCACUUCGGCAUCCAAGCUGAGAGGAAUUUUGGCAAUAACGGUUUUAUCAGAGGUCAGACUCAGUUCCAACGAGGCCCGGGAGGUCAUGGACUCUCUCCCUCAGUUGGUAUAACUGGUGGCUUUCGAUUUAAGAGAGAAGCCGAACCUCAAAAAACUUCACUAAGCUUCCAAGGAACCCAACCUCUAAGUGGUCCAAUGCGCCAACCUACCUGGGACCUCAACGUUAAUCGUAACAUUUUG